AUGGGUCGUGGGAGAGGACAUGGGCGGCCACGAUUGGUGCCACCGUCAACAAGCACUCCUAUGACGGACAUUACCGGUCAGAAUGUCACGGUGAGGGAAAACAAUGUGGAAGAUGAAAUACGAAAUGAAACAUUGGAUUGUGGUAGCCAGACGGGGGAGGAAGAAAGAAAUGCAACCGAUACAGAAACCCUAGGUCACCUAAGUACUGAAGAGGCCAAAAACGGGAAUGAAUCUAGCCAAAUGAAGCAGAAACUCUGGGUGGAUAUCAUCAAUGAAAAUCGCAAUCCACCGAAGGGACUCACCAUGGAAUUUGUUGCACCAAAGAUUAUUGAUGGAGAAGUGGAAAUCCAAAUUGAAGAAGAGGAUGUUGAGAAGGAAGUAAAAUUUUGGGAAUCUGCACUCAUCAUGUACGUCUUGAGUGAAGACCUAAGUAUGAAUGCGGUGAAACAGUUUAUGAUGAAAAGCUGGAACUUUGUGAAACUACCUGAUAUGUUCUAUAAUGAGGAAGUAUUCUUCAUCCUUAGAUUCCACUCAUUCCAAGAUAAAGAAUUAGUUCUGAUGAAGGGCCCUUACUCAAUCCGGAAUAGGCCAAUGAUGUUGCGUGAGUGGAAACCUAAUUUCAGCAUGAAUAAAGAUAUGCUUAGAACUAUCCCUUUAUAG